CCCACUCCAAUUCUCGCUCAUUCCGGCAAAAACCCAAUCUUUACACCCGCACGAUUUUUCCUUACACCUCCGCAAUUUUUCGUAUCCAUCUUUCCACGGCUAGCGGCCGGCGACUGGUGAUCGGAGUUUUUAAAGUUCGGCGAAGAUUCUGGUUAGCGCGUGGCGUUUGAGUCGUUUUCAAUUGAAAAAGAUUGUAUAUAUGUUUUUGGAAAGAUUUUGUUGGAGAUUCGCCGGAGCUGAGCUGCGCCGUUGCAAUUAUGGCGUCAGCUUUGUUUGCUAGUCAGAAUGAAUCUAGCUGGGUCCACAUGGGGAAGAAGAUUUCGAGUUCGAAUUCUCGACUGAAUGCAAACCCUAAACCUAAUUCUAACCCGAAGAAAAAGCAAAAACAAUUCCACCAUGUAGCCACCAACGGAGGAUCAGCUGGGCGUUAUAAUGAUGAUUCCCCCGUCGUCACACAGACUGCCUCCGACGAUGGUUACUCCUUCAACCAGACGUCGACAAGCCGUAGCGGAUUUAAUCAUGGCGAAUUUUUGACCUACAAUGUCUCAUCGUACUCAAAAUCUGAGCUCCUCGAUUUCCGCAGACGCUUGGCUGCAGAGCUUGAACAGAUCCGAGAGUUCCGUGCCCGAAUAGAUUCGGGUCAAUUCAACAUCAACAACCAUUCAAGAUCUAGUGGGAAAUCAAAGAAAUUGCGGGGCCAUAAGCGGCCUGGAGCUUCGUUCGUAUCUAAUAAAGACCCUAAUAUGCUGUCCAGUAGAUUAGAUAAGGGAAAUUUUGGUUUGGAGCCUGUGAUUAAUUACCAAGAUAUGUUGAAACAAUGCAAGCAGAUUUUGACUAAAUUGAUGAAACGCAAGAAUGGGUGGAUUUUCAAUACACCUGUUGAUGCAGCGGGCUUGGGGCUUCUUGAUUAUCAUCAGAUUGUUAAGCAGCCUAUGGAUCUUGGGACGGUAAAGUCAAUUCUUGCCAAGGAUCUGUAUACUACGCCUCUUGAGUUUGCCGCAGAUGUGAGACUGACUUUUAAUAAUGCUCUGUUGUAUAAUCCGAAAACCGAUCAGGUCCAUGUUCUGGCGGAGCAGUUAUUAGCACGGUUUGAGGAAUUGUUUAGGCCGAUUCAAGAAAAGAUUGACCGUUUUUAUAUGCAAAGUAGAGAGAGAGAAUUUCAAGCAUUUCGGGCUAAUGAUGAACUGCAAUUUUCGGUUAAUGAAGAAUUGCAAGGCAGUUCAUGGGAUAAUAAUAAUCAGAUUAUUGCAUCCCCUGGUAUGGGGAAAAAAUAUAAACCACGGGCAAGUCCGGUCCCAGAUCCUCAAAUGCCAAAGAAACCUGAGACAGCACCAAUGCAUACACAUUCGAGUUCUUCGACGCCUUCUUAUCAUCCUCAGCCAAUGGAUCAUCCAAUUCGGGAGGAAACCGCUUCUCCUGUGAUAGCCCCCCUGCCAGUAGUGGAACAGAGAGUGGUAAGAGGGCCAACAGUGAAGCAGCCAAAGCCCAGAGCGAAGGAUCCAAAUAAGAGGGAUAUGAGUAUGGAAGAAAAACAUAAGCUUGGGCUUGGGUUGCAGAGUUUACCUCAGGAGAAAAUGCCACAAUUGGUUCAGAUUAUCAGGAAGAGGAAUGAACAUUUGGCGCAAGAUGGCGAUGAAAUUGAGCUCGAUAUUGAAGCCCUUGACACUGAGACUCUUUGGGAACUUGAUCGGUUCGUGACUAACUGGAAGAAGAUGGUGAGCAAGACAAAGCGGCAAGCUUUAAUGAUGAACAACAAUUAUACUGCUGCACCGACUUCUUCCAUUGCUGAAGCUGAUACGAAUGGAAUGGGCGAGGGGAAUGAUUUGGAAAAUAGGCCUAAAAAGAACGAGGAUGAGGAUGUGGACAUUGAUGACGAUAUGCCUGCUACAAACUUUCCUCAUGUGGAGAUUGAGAAGGAUGAAGGAGGUGGUCAUGAUCAAGACCGCGAUCAUGGUAAUGCCUCUAGUGACUCCAGCAGUUCCAGCAGCUCAAGUAGCAGUUCCUCAUCUUCCAGUGAUUCUGAUUCUGGGAGUUCCACUGGUAGUGACUCUGAUGCAGAUGGUGUGCAGUCCUGACAUUUUUGUUUUGAGUAAUUUGCUAAAAAUUAACUGGUUUUGGAUCGAAAUAUUGCGCCUUCGCCUAGUGUUGUUUGUGUACAAUAGAAUGUUUCUUGUUGAGGUACAUAAACAUCAUUAUGGUUUUCGAAAUUUCCUCCUCUCUCUCUCUCUCUGAAUAUGAUGAUGGGCUGAAAAUCAUGACUCAUCUUUCACUUCGUGUUGGUUGCAGCUUCUUUAUGAGUACGAAGAUUGAUGGAAGUUUAGAUAGUGAUCUCCACAGAGUAAAAGAUCUUGCAGUGACGUGGAUUAAUCAAGAUUAAACUAGGAAGAAGACUUUAAUGAGCUCCACUGGGUGAGGAUUUUUGGUUCAUCGUAUUCAUGUUUCCCAAGUCCUGUUAAAUUUUGGAUUUUUGACUUGAAACAAGAAAAAUUUAGAGAGCUAAUGUGAAUUCUUGUACAGUUUUUACAGUCAUGAUAUAGCAUCCAAUGAACAUUUUUCACUUGUCUUAAGAUCAUUAGCAUUCUAGGAAUUCUGUUCAAUGAUGGUUUUGGGAGUUUAAUACUUGGUUCUGCUCCGUGUACUCCACAUGUGAAAUGUAUUUCACGGAUUAUGAAGAAACUAUUAUUGUUUUUGUUUGGAUUAAUUUAUAACAUUAGAGAAAGAUUGGAGU